AUGAAUCCAUCACAGGCGCAAGGCCCGCCCUCAUCGCGGGUCUCUGCGAUGACCUUGGACAGUUCACCAUCGGUGCAGCUGGCCGCGAUGGCCCUGAACAGCUCGCGCCUUAUGCAGGCUCUACGUGAUGCUGGUCCUACUAGUGCUCCUGGUAGGGCUUCCUCUUCCUACACCUCUUUGUUUGGUGGCACCUCCACUCGCAGGACUCCCCGCUUGACUGAAAGUCCUUCCCCCACUCCGACGCUUUCCAACACGCCGUCCUCGCUCAACAGACGCGUAUCUGGAAACUCGAAUUAUUCUUCUUCGCGAACAACUUCUAAUAACGUGCAGUCUGGUGAAACCUCUGGCAACUUCCGGUACUUGGUACGAGAGCCAUCGCUCCCGUAUGAGGCUUGGGAAACAGUCUUCUAUGCCACCCUUACUAGUCUCACAAGUGAGGAACUUGACUUCAUUUAUGACGAUGACUUGGAACACCCGGCGAGCAAAAAGACCCUUUCGACCUUGAGACUGGUGAACCGAAUCUGGAACCGGGUUGCGACCCCUCUCCUUUUUAGAUACAUCCAGGCAGUUGUCGGAUACUCUGCUGGUCGACCUCUCGAUAGCAUUCUGAAGAUUUCUGAAAGCCCAUACGCCCUUUAUGUGCGCGACGUGCACUUUGGUUUCGUGGGAUCAUGGCUACCCGGACUGGAUUAUGAUCGAUACAUCGACGACCUGGCAGCAGGAGCUCUUCCGGUCCUGAUCAGUCGUUUCCAAAACAUCCAAACAUUCCGAUUGCAGUCCCCUACUGUUGUGGACACGUUCAGUAAGGAAGGACAAAUGACGCCACUGAUGCUUUCCAAGCUAACAAGCUCCCUUGUGAACACUUUACGCUUUGUGUCUGUCCCGAGACUGAGGUGUCUCCAUCUGUCUUUGCCAACCACCGCGGAAUUUGCUCGUUUCUUCGAGUCGAGCGGCUACGCUAGGGACUUCACCGACAUUUUCGGUGAGAUCGAAGAGCUACACAUCACUAUUAAUGACAGCACUGGCUCUGAUGGCAGAAGACAUCCGAAAUGGCCCCGCUCGGUGAUCAAGACCAGGUAUCCACUCGAUCCAUUUGCUCCAUAUCUCAUCCAACUUAUCUCCCAUGCAAAACGGCUCAAGGUCUUCAACCUGGAAUCCCGUGCCUGGUUUGAUGUGUCUGAUCUGAAAGCAGAUGCUUUCUCUAGACUGAAAAGCUUCCGGCUUGAAGGUGUGAGAAUCAAGCAUGAAACCCUCAAGAAGAUUUUCAUACAAGCUCACGAUGAGCUGCGUCGCGUUCAAUUGACCGACAUUCGGCUCAUGACGGGUACCUGGGAGAGUGUCUUUGGUGGUCAUACGGCGCUUCCUCCUUGUAAACUCUCCUGGCUUAGUGUUGAAGGAUGCGGCUACUCGAGGACUGGGACCAGUGCCCAGCACAUCGGUUAUUCAUUAUCGCACCCAGCAGCAUUCUCGACCAUGCAUGGCCCGGACUGGUUGACUUAUGCAGAGUGGAAAUCAUUGGUGAAUGCAAACCGUUGUCGCAGGGAAAUGCCUAAAUGUAUGUAUUGUAGUUUCCCACCGCCUCACCAACCCACGGUCCCUUAA